ACAACCGCCAUCGUGUCGGUCAAAAACACCGCUGAAUACUGCUGCACUCGUGUACAGAAUGGAUCAAUUUCAACCGACGGACUACACGGCUCAUUUUUCUAAUGAACAGAUAACUAGAUAUAUGUCUAAAAUAAACGAUCUACAGAUUUGUGACCCUUAUGGCUUUCCGGAUGGAGUUUUCACGACCGGAUUUUGAACUGCCAGCGGAAUACCCGGACGUGUAUGAUUACCUCAUCAACUUUCCCUCGCUGUUCAGUGGUGAAGCACUGCGUGCUUAUAAAUCUCUGGACAGUUUUCUUUACAGAAAUUCAGGAUUUGUCAGCGACUCAGAUGUGGCAUCUUGUAAGCAAGAAAGUGAUCCUCACUGGAUGGUAAGUGACAGCUGUUACAGAAACCUUGCUGAGGACCGAAGUGGAAUCAACCUUAAAGAUCUGGUUCAUGACCCAUUGUUGCUUGGAGGCAUAAUAUCUGCAUACAAAAUAGUGCCUGAUGAGAUAGAUGAAAUCAAGGAGACUCUGGUGGGCUGGUGUGAUGAGAAGGAGCUUAACCUUAUCUUGACCACCGGUGGAACUGGCUUUGCGCCUCGUGAUGUCACACCAGAGGCCACGAGGGAAGUAAUUGAGCGUGAAGCUCCAGGGAUGGCCCUUGCCAUGCUCAUGGGUUCAUUAAAUGUCACGCCUCUCGGCAUGCUGUCCAGACCUGUAUGCGGCAUCAGAGGCAAAACUCUCAUCAUUAAUCUACCUGGCAGCAAGAAAGGCUCACAGGAGUGCUUCCAGUUCAUCUUGCCUGCCCUGCCUCAUGCCAUUGACCUUCUGCGAGAUGCUAUAGUGAAAGUGAAGGAGGUUCACAAUGCACUGGAGGACCUGCCCUCACCCCCACCACCCCUCUCACCUCCUUCUGUCGCCAGCCCACAUAAACAGACUGAGGACAAGGGCAUUCAGUGCGAGGAGGAAGAGGAGGAAAAGAAGGACAGUGGAGUUGCCUCAACUGAGGACAGUGGCUCCUCACACAUCACAGCAGCAGCUAUUGCUGCAAAGACUGUGUUCCAUCCCAUCCAUGCUGUUGUCAUGGCCAAAGGGGGGCAACCAUUGACUUGCUUCAUUCCUCCCACCACCCUUCCCUCUCAUUUCAACUGCUUGUGUGGAGACAAGAUUCCAGAUGCCAUUAUUUCUCGGGGUGUUCAGGUGUUACCACGGGACACAGCCUCUCUCAGUACUACCCCCUCAGAAUCUCCCCGUGCUCAGCAGUCCCGUCUGUCCACUGCCUCCUGCCCCACUCCCAAAGAAACUCAGAAAUCCAGUACAAAGGAUCAAGAGCAGGUUGAGAGAGAAGAAGCUGGAGGGCUUCAGACAUCCUGUGAAGAUACUAUAGGACAGGUACAGUCAGAGGUGGCUGAAACUACAGGGCUCCAGGCAUCACGGAGAGAUUUCAGGGCUCAUUUGGAUGAAGUCAUCACACUCAAGUCAAGGUACUCUACCUUGGACCAGCUCCAUUCUAGGCUGGAGGGGCUCAGCGCUGUUUGCAGGAGCCAUAGGACCUACAAAGUGCAGUCACGGUGUGGCAGCAAAGAGAACAUCCUGAGAGCAAGUCAUAGCGCAGUAGACAUCACAAAGGUGGCACGAAGACACCGCAUGUCCCCUUUCCCCCUUACCUCCAUGGACAAGGCCUUCAUCACUGUGUUGGAGAUGACUCCUGUUCUUGGUACUGAGAUCAUCAACUAUAGAGAUGGAAUGGGUCGAGUCUUAGCUCAGGAUAUCUAUGCCAAAGACAAUCUGCCUCCUUUUCCAGCCUCAAUCAAAGAUGGCUAUGCUGUUCGAGCUGCUGAUGGCCCAGGAGACCGAUUUCUCAUUGGGGAGUCCCAGGCUGGGGAGCAGCCUACUCACACAGUGAUGCCGGGUCAGGUAAUGAGGGUGACAACGGGAGCGCCUAUCCCAUGUGGAGCAGAUGCUGUAGUGCAAGUGGAGGAUACAGAGUUACUGCGAGAGUCUGAGGAUGGCACAGAGGAACUGGAGGUGCGGAUUCUGGUGCAGGCACGCCCAGGCCAGGACAUUAGGCCAAUUGGUCAUGACAUAAAGCGUGGUGAAUGUGUGCUGGCCAAAGGAACACACAUGGGCCCAUCUGAAAUUGGUCUGUUGGCCACAGUGGGAAUCACAGAGGUGGAGGUGCACAGGUUCCCUGUUGUGGCAGUCAUGUCCACUGGCAAUGAAUUGUUGAAUCCUGAAGAUGACCUCCACCCAGGGAAGAUCAGGGACAGUAAUCGCUCCACACUGCUGGCUACCAUCCAAGAGCAUGGCUACCCCACAAUUAACCUUGGAAUUGUUGGAGACAACCCAGAUGACCUGUUGAAUGCCCUGAAUGAGGGAAUAAGUCUUGCAGAUGUCAUUAUCACAUCUGGAGGAGUGUCUAUGGGAGAGAAGGACUACUUGAAGCAGGUUCUGGAUAUUGAUCUCCAUGCCCAAAUCCACUUUGGUCGGGUGUUCAUGAAGCCAGGCCUUCCCACUACAUUUGCAACCUUAGACAGCAAUGGCACACGAAAGCUCAUAUUUGCCUUGCCAGGUAAUUUCACCUACAGAGAGGCAGGGGUGACUCUUCUCGAGGCCAUGCCCAUGAGUGACAGUGAGGCAAGCAGGCUACCCGUAUCUCCUCCCCCACAUAGAAGUAACCCAGUGUCAGCAGUUGUCACCUGUAAUCUGUUUGUUAUCCCUGCAUUGAGAAAAAUGCAGGGUAUCCUGGACCCAAGGCCAACAAUCAUCAAAGCCAGGCUCUCUUGUGAUGUUAAAUUGGACCCGCGUCCAGAGUACCACCGCUGUAUAUUAACAUGGCACCACCAAGAGCCUCUGCCUUGGGCACAGAGUACAGGAAAUCAAAUGAGUAGUCGGCUAAUGAGCAUGCGCAGUGCCAACGGCCUUCUGAUGUUGCCUCCGAAAACAGAGCAAUACGUGGAGCUGCACAAAGGCGAGGUGGUGGACGUCAUGGUCAUAGGGCGGCUAUGAUGUCAUCAAAUAGUCAUAACCAGAGAAGAUAAAUGUGGUGCAUGUCCACAUAUCAUUUAUUAUAUUGUAAUAUGCAAUGGCACAGUAAUUUCUUUUAUUAUUUUUUUCUAUUUGGACAAAAGUUGCUGAAGUAUCAUCAACAUUGCAAACAAAAGCAAAUUUAAAGCAUUAUGAAUAGACACAAUAUUUCAGCAAGAGAGGAAGUAUGUAUGGAUAUACACAGGAUAUUAUAAAGUCUAAACACCCCUGUUUUUGUGAUGUGGAAAAAAAUGAAACUACAGUAAAUCAAGUUAGACUAGUCGAAAUGUUUUAGGGGAAAACCAAAAAAAAAACCAAAAGAAAUUAUGACCUGGUGACUUGUCCAGGGUGUACCCCGCCUUUCGCCCGUAGUCAGCUGGGAUAGGCUCCAGCUUGCCUGUGACCCUGUGGAACAGGAUAAAGCAGCUAGAGAUAAUGAGAUGAGAUCCUGGUUGCAUAAGUGUGCACACUUUUACUAUGUAAUAGCACCCUUUCCCUUUUUGCCUUUGCAGAUAUUCCUGCAACUCCUUUAAUGUUGCUAUAUGUCUCUUGGCAGCCCCUCUGAUAAGUUUUCUUCUUGUCCUUUCAUCAAUUUUGGAGAGCUGUCCUGUCCUUGGUGAUGUCAGAGUGGUAUCCCAUUUUCUCCACUUGCUGAUUAUGGUCUUCUCAGUCUUUGAUGGUGUAGCUAAAAUUUGAGAAAUUCUUUUGAUCUUCUGACAAUCUUUUGUACCUCCUGAUGGAGACCUUUCGACAGUAAGAUCCUGUACAUGCUUUGUAAGCUCUUCGUAGACCAUGGCUUCAGCAGUUGGAUGAAACCAAAAAUAUGUCAAGAAAAUCCUACAGAAGCAGUUUAGCUUUAUUUGGGCUUAAUCAGACAAUGAUGAGCGCAUCAUCCGCUCUGCUGAGAGUUGGCUGCAACCUUCCAUCUCUUCCGGACCUGUACAAGUCCAGGACCCUGAGAGGAGCAGAAAGGAUUGUGGCCGACCCCUCUCACCCCAGACAAAAACUUUUCGAACCACUCCCCUCUAGUAGGAGGCUGUGCUCCAUUAGAACCAAAACAUCACACCAUAAGGCCAGCUUUUUCCCCACUACAACUUGCCUCAUCAAUCAGGUCAGAGACCUCCACUGAGUUUGUCUCUGAACUGCAAUUUUGUACAUUUCGAGGUCAUGUCAUACAUCUCCAUUCUGUGAACCUUUAUUGCACAUUCCAGCUCACACUGUACAGCUUGGUUAUUGACUUCGCCCACUACACAUAUUCUCUUCCUCUCACGCACUCUCAUCAUGUCUCUUCUCCAUCUUCAUAAUGUGACCUAUUUUUGCACAUUCCUGACAUAUUGUACAGCUUGGUCUCCAACAACUCAUGCACAUACCCCUUAAAUAUGUCCACUUUUCAAAUUUGUAUAUUUCAGAUUCUUCUUAUUUUUUAUUCUGUGUGGGAUCAGGACACGUCGUCCAAUGACCACUUAGAUCAAUGCCAUUUCAUCCAAUAGUUGAGACACUUCAUCCAAAGCCUUUUUCAUAUGCACUAUCAAAGCCUUUUUCAUACGCACUAUCAAUUAUUUUAUAUGUGUGACAAGGUCGAGAUAUAAACAAACCAUAAUUCAUUUAAGGGAGUGCAUUAAGCAGGUUUAUGACUGUGUCUCCCCAUAAUAAAUGGAAAUUAACAAAACAAAAUAUAAACACCCACCCCCAAACUCAUGCUUAAAUUGUGAUUUAUAUACCUAAUAACCUAUAUGUACCUCCCACUGUCAGAGAGUGGUAGGAGAUGGAUGCAAAUACAAAAGUAAUGUUUAUUAAUAAUUGUGAAAACACAGGCAAACAAUCCAAAACGGCAGGCAAUCUCAUAAACAUGAAACUAGCAAAAGGUCAGGCAAGGUACAAACAGGCUAAAUCAGGCAAAGACAAAAACAGAAUCUAAGAACAGGAAACAGGAUCGGCAACCCAGGGAAGCUACAUGGGAGAAUAAGGCUCAGUAAUGCGUGAUGUAAUACUUCGCACUGAAUGUGCAUUUUCUCAGUCUUUUAUAUAGGCACACUGAUGCCUCUUGAUCAUGUGCAGGUGAGCCUCAUUAACAGUGCGCAUGCAAGAGUCCGCUCGGUGCACGUGCAGUCCGGAGCGCACCCGAGCGGACUCUUGCACGCACGCUGUUAAUGAGGCUCACUUGCACAUGAUCAUGAGGCAUCAGCGUGCCUAUAUAAAGACUGAGAUAUAUAAAGACUGAAUUUUCUAAUUUCUGGAUAUCAUAUCUCACACUUGCCAAGGAUAUCUGGCAAGUGUGAGUAUAGAUAUUCUAUGUAAUUUGGUCUAAUAAAAAACGAUCUCUCCCCACAAGCGGCCCCAACCGAACGCACCUGAAGUUGACACUCACUGAUUCCCAUCAUUUCCAGUUUUAUUUUCAUUUUGCAAAAAUGUAUUUUGCUUUGGUCAUAUUCCAUUGAGAAUCCCUCCUUUUUUCAAACAAACAAAUACUUGAAAUAUAAAAUAAUUGAUAGUGCGUAUGAAAAAGGCUUUGAAUUAAACGUCUUAACUAUUGGACGAAAUGGCAUUGGACGAAAUGGCCUGUAUCCUUCUAUGUAUAUAUCUACUUUUUGUCUUUGCUAAAUACUUCGAUCUUAACUGUUCAAGCACCAAUCAUCAAAGCAAAUUCUUUGUGUGUGAGAAUAUUACUUGGCAAUAAACUCGAUUGUGAUUCUGAUCACGUCAUUGAUGACAGGUGUAUAAUAAUUACAUGUAAACAUUUGUUUGAAUAUUAUUGGUUAAUUCUGAGCACAGUCACAUGCCCCAUGAUAAAGUUUGUGCACACUUAUGCCACUUAGUUAUGAUAUUUUUUUCUUUUACUUUUUUUUAAUCCCUAAUACAUUUCUAUUUGAUUUUCACUUGAAUAUUGUUGGUUGCUAUGUCAUAUCAUAACAGUGGAAAAAGAUCUAACAUGAUUAAUCUUGGUUUCAUUUUUCAUCACAAAAAAACUCCAAUUUUAACAGGGUUGUGUAGCAUUUUUAUAUCCACUCGUGCGUGUGUGUGUAAAUACAUACAUUCAUACACACACACAACAUGGCCAGAUGUUUAUGGACACUUGAUCAUCAUGCCUGUAUGUCUUUAUUGAACAUCCCAUUCCAGAAAUUAUUCCCCCUUUGCUGUCAUAAGACUGCAAGUUGGCCUAGUGGUUAGCUUGCCCGCCUCUUGAUCAGGAGAUUGCGAGUUCUAGUCAUGGUUGGGUCAUACCAAAGACCAUCAUAAAAAUGGUACCUACUGCUGUCUGGCAAUACAGAUGUGAGUUGGGAGCCAACCUCUCAUGGUUACCAGAGGACUAGCCCCCCACUGUAACCCUAGCUAUGUAAGAGGCCGAGGGCUAUGGAGAUCGGCGCCACCCUAUUCACCACAUGGUGUGGGAAGGACUUUUUUGCUGUUAUAAGCAGCUCCACUCUUCUGGGAAGGCUUUCUACUAGAUUUUGGGGUGUGGCUGUAGGGAUUUGUGUUCUUUCAGCUGCAAGAGCAUUAGUGAGAUCAGACACUGAUAUUGGACGAGGAGGUCUGGGGUGCAGUCAGUGUUCCAGUUCAUCCCGAAGGUGUUCAGUGAGGUUGAGGUUAGGACUCUGUGCGAGACACACGAGUUCUUCCACUCCAGGCUUAACACACCAUGUCUGUAGUUUGCUUUGUGCACAACUGCAUUGUCAUACUGGAACAUUAUUUGGCCUCUUCGUUCCAGUGAAGCUAAAUUGUAAUGCUAUAGCAUACAAAGACAUUCUAUACAAUUUGUGCUUCCAACUUUGUGGCAACAGGAAGGCUCAUAUACAGGUGUCAUGGUCAGGUAUCCACAUACUUUAGCCACACCCACAUGCAGGAACAUCAUACUAAUACUGAGUAGGACCCCCCUUUUGCUCACACAACAACCUCAGUUCUUCAAGGAAUGAAUUCCACAAAGUCUUGGAAAUAAUCUCUUGAGGUUUUGGUCCAUGUUGACAUUGUUGUGUUAUGUAAUUGAUAGAAUCAUGCAUUCUUUGAAUGUGACAGCCAGUCUGAUUACUAUUGCUAAUUACAUGCCUCCCUUUAUGGCCACAAUUUAUCUUAUAAUGGCUAUUUCCAGCAUGAUAAUGUGCCAAGUCACAAAGCGCAAGUCGUCCCAAACUGGUUCCAUUCACGACAAUAAGUUCAGUGUACUUCAGGAUCCUCCCCAGAUCUGAAUAGAGCACCUUUGAGAUGUGGUACAAUGGGAGAUUCACAGCAUAAAUGUUCAGCUUACAAAUCUACAGAAAUUAUGUGGUUCAGUCAUGUCAACAUAGAAAUGUUUCCAACACUUUGUGGAAUCUAUGCAAUGAAGAAUUGGUGUUGUUCUGAGAGACAGUGUUAUUGUUAGUUAUGUAUAUACACAAACUGGUUAUCAAUUUGUUUGCGCAUAAAACAGAAUAAAAUUUAAAUAAGGAAACCUACUAUCAAUCUUUUUUUUUUUUUACAGGGAGGGUGAACUCAUUAAGUCUGUAGAUAAAAGACUCAUAGGGCAAAUGUUAACUUUAAAAAUAAAUAUAUGGUAUACUACAAGUGCCUAAUUAGAGUGAUAAAGGUUUUGGCCUUUUGCAAUUAGAAUAAAUUGUUCUAAGAGUGUUCCAGUAAAGUCAUUUCUAAAUUCAUUAAACAUUUAACAAUUAAACAAUUCUCAGUUCAUUAUACCUAUAUUAGGUUAAUACAUUUUAAAAUUUAAAAUGAGUUAAUUUUAUGCUUAAAAAUGGUAAUCCAUAAAAAAAUGGAAAUAUAUAUUUCAGAUAGCCCUGUGAUGACCUGGCGACUUGUCCAGGGUGUACCCCGCCUUUCGCCCGUAGUCAGCUGUGAUAGGCUCCAGCUUGCCUGCGACCCUGUAGAAGGAUAAAGUGGCUACAGAUAAUGAGAUGAGAUGAGAUGAGAUGAGAUAUUUCAGAUACUUUUGAUUUUAUUACUCACACAUGUAAACAUGCUCACUCAUGCAGCACCUGGCAGUAUCACAGUGCAAAAAAAUCAUACAGAAAUUGGACAACAGAAAAAAGGGAAAACAUUGCCUGUUCUCUCUCUAAUCACUAUCUGUCCAGUUUGAGUCUGCUGUAACCUCAGAUUCCUGUCUUUGGCUGACAGGAGCGAAACCCAAUGUAUUCUUCUGCUUUUGUUACCCAUCCUCAAGGAGUGUUUUGAGAGGCUCUUCUGCUCACUUUCAUUGUAAAGAGUGAUUAUUUGCAUAUCCAUAGACUUCCUGUCAGCUAGAACCAGUCUGUUCAUUCUCGUCUAACUUUAGGGAAUGUUGUGUGUGAAAAUCUCAGAUCAGCAGUUUCUGAAAUACUCAAACCAGCUCGUCUGAUAUCAACAAACAUGCCAUGGUCAAAGUCACUGAGAUCACAUUUUCCCCAUUCUGAUGUGAACAUUAACUGAAACUCUUGAGCUGUACUUCAUAGUAUUUUUCAUCAAAUGAACUGUAAAUAAUGAUUUUUGCUUGAAAUAAUAAUUCUGUCCUUCAAAUUUUUUCUUCAUCAAAAAUUCCUCCCUCUGCAGGAGGCAUUUGGCAUUCUAACUGUCAAGUUGUUGAGUUAAUCUGGGGAAAUUUCACCCCAUGCUUCUUGGAACACUUCCCACAAAUUGGAUUAGUUUGAUGGACACAUUUUAAGAACCUUAUGGUCAGGCUCCUCUCACAACAGCUCAGUUGGGUUGAGAUCUGGUGAUGGUGCAGGCCAGUCCAUUACAGAUAGAAUACUAGCUUCUGCUUCUUCUCUAAGUAUUGCAUAGUUUAGAGCUGUGCUUUGGGUUAUUGUCCUGAUAUAGGAGGAAAUUGGCUCCAAUCAAGUGCCAUCCACAGGGUAUGGAGUGAUAGCCUUCCUUGUUCAAGAUUCCUUUUAUUGUGUUUGUCACCCACUUUAGCACCACCAAAGCAAUUCCAGACCAUUGCCUUUCCUCCACCAUGCGUGACAGAUGGCAUUAAGCCCAGCAUCUUUUCAGUUUUUCUACAUCUUGCAAAUGUUCUUCAUUUUCCAAAAAACCUCAAACUUCAAAUGAACAGAUUUGUCUGUCCAUUACACUUAUUUUUCAGUCUUCCUCUGUCCAGUGUCUGUGUUCUUUGGCCCAUCUUAAUCUCUUACUUUUAUUGGCCAGUCUCAGAAAUGUCUUUUUUUCUUUACAACUCUGCCGAGAAGACCAGCAUUCUGGAACCAUCUCUGUUGACACUGAGACUGGUGUUUUAUAGGUACCAUUCAGUGUGCCUGGGCCUCCCACUUGUCUUUCUGUCCUGGUUAGAGCUAGUUUGUGUUGCUCUUUGAUGAGAGUAACACACACUGUUGUAUGAAAUCUUCAGAUUCUUGGCAAUUUUGUUGAAAACCUUUUUUAAGAACAAGAAUAGAUUGAUGAGUUUCAGGAGGUUUUUUUUCCGGCCAUUUUGAGUCAUUAAUCAAAUGCCACAAAUGCUGAUGCUCCAGAUACUUAACUAGCCUAAAGAAGGACACUUUUAUUGUUUCUUUAAUCAACACAAUGGUUUUCAGCUGUGCUAACAAAAUUGAAAAAUGGUUUUCUAAUGAUUAAUUAGCCUUUUAACAUGAUAAACCUGGAUUAGCUAUCACAGUGUGCUAUUGGAACACAGUCAUGAUGGUUACUGAAAAUAACCCUCUUUACACCUAUGUAGAUAUUCCAUUAAAAAUAAUCAGUUUCCAGCUAUAAUAAUCAUUUAAAACAUUAACAAUGUCUAGACUUUGUUUUGAUAGAUUUAAUGUUAUUUUAAUUGAAAAAAAAUGUGUGCUUUUCUUUCAAAACCAAGGGAAUUUCAAAAUUACUCUAAACUUUUGACCAGUAGCGUAUGUUUGAUUUCUUCCCUAUUCGCAUGCUGGGCACAAUUAAUUGUCUCAGAUAUUCAAACAAAAUUAAAUAGAAGACAAUCUAAGUAAACGCAAUACAAUUUGUGAUGGAGGUUAAAUGUCAGUUGCACAAAACCACUGUUUAUGGCACAAUUCUAGAGGCCUGGAUCACUCGGGAUUGUGUGAGGGUGACAUUUGGGCGAAAGUAGGUGCCACUGAGUAAAGUAGAACUACAUCAGUGUUAGAGGAGACUUCAGAAAUCAGACAUGUGGGUUUUUUCUGUUACUGAAAUGUACUUAGUCAGUCUUACAGAAUACUUUCAUAAUCACAUCUCCCCAUUAUUAAUUGGUUAUUAUUAAUUAUACCCAGUAUCCCAGGGUUUCUUAACUCCUGAUUCAGUUUUUCAGCAAAUUAUUAAACUCUAGAUUAGCAGAGUCAGAUGCUUUCUGUUGAGGGAAAUUUUCAAAAUAUAUUGGCCAGUGGGUCCCCACGUUGAGAAACCCUACUUUAGGGCUUGGACAUUUUAUUUGUUUGACUUUAAAAGGAGGACACAGCUUAUUUAAGAGCUGACAGUGUUUUUAAACUAAAUACACAAAAUAUACAGUCAAAUAUGCGAGAGUAAUGUUGUGCAUAUGUGACCAGCACUCUUGAAAUAUUGAAGCAAUGAGGAGAAAACCCCUGUACUAUAAAAAAAAGUUUUCUGUAAUGAUAUUAAAACUGAAUAAAAUCAUUAAUCAUUAUGUAAAAA